CGGAGCUGUCACAGGCCCCGGGUCCGCCUGACCGAGCCAAGUGGGGUGUCAUGGCCGCGGGGGGCAGCGGCUGCACUUCCUCUGCGGGCGGCGGCGGCGGCAGCGGCCGGGGAGUUAAUCCUCGACGCUCGGGUCGGUGUGUGUGUAUUUGUGUUCGGUCCCGUUUCCCUCUGUGCGGCGGCCGGCGGGACCAUAAGGGCUUAACUCAUAUAUUUAACCCCCCUCCAAAAAGGUUUGAAAGUAUUCUUGAAGGGCUGUUUGGACCUGCAUUAUUAAAAGAUCUCAGUUUAUUUAAAGACUGUGAACCUGAAAGCAUUUCUGAUUGGACUUUUGAUGAAAAUUGUCUGUUCUGUUGCUUGAGAAGAGAUAAAGUAAAGGGACACUUAGUCGGUCUGGAUGAACCAGCUUCGGGAGCUGGGCAAGAAGCUCUGCUUAAACGAGAGCAAGCAAAAAUCAUUCGAUUCGAGAGACAAGCAGAAGAGUUCCUCAAUGCAGUCUUUUGUAGAAAAGACAGUCCCUGGGUCUCCGACCCCAAUAUUCCCCUAGUGGCCCGUGAGAUCAUGCAGCGAAUGAUCCAACAAUUUGCUGCUGAAUAUACCUCAAAAAAUAGCUCUACUCAGGACCCCAGCCAGCCCAAUAGCACAAAGAACCAAAGCCUGCUGAAAGCAUCUCCAGUCACCACCUCUCCCACGGCUGCAACUACUCAGAACCCUGUGCUCAGCAAACUUCUCAUGGCUGACCAAGACUCACCUCUGGACCUUACUGUCAGAAAGUCUCAGUCAGAACCUAGCGAACAAGACGGUGUACUUGAUCUAUCCACUAAGAAAAGUCCAUGUGCUGGCAGCACUUCCCUGAGCCAUUCUCCAGGUUGCUCCAGUACUCAAGGGAACGGGCGACCUGGGAGACCCAGCCAGUACCGCCCAGACGGACUUCGGAGUGGUGAUGGGGUACCUCCAAGAAGCUUACAGGAUGGAACCAGGGAAGGUUUUGGACACUCCACAUCACUCAAAGUUCCACUGGCUCGAUCCCUGCAGAUUAGUGAAGAACUACUGAGCAGAAACCAAUUGUCCACAGCUGCCAGCCUUGGACCAUCUGGAUUACAGAAUCAUGGACAACACUUAAUAUUAUCCAGGGAAGCCUCUUGGGCAAAACCACAUUAUGAGUUCAACCUCAGCCGUAUGAAGUUCAGGGGAAAUGGUGCACUCAACAACAUCAGUGACCUUCCUUUUCUUGCAGAAAACUCUGCCUUUCCAAAAAUGGCACUUCAAGCAAAACAAGAUGGGAAAAAGGAUGUGAGCCAUUCAUCUCCUGUAGAUUUAAAGAUACCACAAGUUCGAGGAAUGGAUCUUUCUUGGGAAAAUCGCACUGGUGAUCAGUACAGCUAUAGCUCUUUGGUAAUGGGUUCACAAACGGAGAGCGCGCUUAGUAAAAAAUUAAGGGCUAUUCUUCCAAAACAAAAUAGAAAAAGCAUGUUAGAUGCUGGACCCGAUUCUUGGGGCUCAGAUGCUGAGCAGUCUACCUCUGGACAGCCAUAUCCCACAUCGGAUCAAGAAGGAGAUCCUGGCUCCAAGCAGCCUCGGAAGAAAAGAGGGCGUUACAGACAGUACAACAGUGAGAUACUGGAGGAAGCAAUCUCAGUGGUUAUGAGUGGAAAAAUGAGUGUUUCCAAAGCUCAGAGUAUUUAUGGGAUUCCCCACAGUACACUGGAGUACAAAGUAAAGGAGAGGCUGGGCACUUUGAAAAACCCUCCAAAGAAAAAGAUGAAGUUAAUGAGGUCGGAGGGGCCAGACGUUUCUGUAAAGAUUGAAUUAGAUCCCCAGGGAGAGGCAGCACAAAGUGCAAAUGAAUCAAAAAAUGAGUAGGAAUACUGUAGAGUGCCAAUUACUGUACAGACUGGGUGAGCACUACUGCAUUGUUCAGCUGUCAUUGCUUGCACCUAACUUCAUUUACUGUGACACUUGUUUCUUUGCAGAUUUUGCAUUGACUUGUGUGUACAGGGGUGAAAGGUGCAUUCUGAAUGUUGCAUAUUUUAAAAUUUUCGUGUGCAGUAUGGCUCGGGAUUGUUUGGCCUUUUGCAUGUUUCUCUACAAAAGAGAAUUGAGUUACCUCACAGAGAACAGAUACAUGGAAGUGGACUCCUUGCCUGUAGAGCCUGCAUGCUUUUCUUUCUUUUUUUUCCCUUAAGUUAUAUUUGCCUUUAUUUAAAAAAAAAGAAAAGAAAAGAAAAAAGCCCCCUUUUAGAAACCACCUCUGUCAUAUUGGGAGCUUUAUCUUUGCAAAUUGGAAAGCCAUCUUAUAAAAUUAUUCACAUUUUUUUCUUCUUUUGAGAUUCAGCUAAUUUAAGGGUUAAACUAAAGAAACUAAGAACAAUGAACUUUUGAAUUUAAGAAAUUUGGCUAUUCAAUGAUAAAUAAUUAUUUGGGUCAAUUAACAUUUUAUGAUUUCCUUCUCACUAUUAAGUUUACUUAAUUGCUAACAAAUUAGCAAUCUAUUUAGUGCUCACCCAGCGGGGGGAAGGAGGUGGAAAAUGUGCACACACUACCUUCAAAAAUGCUUCAGUUAAUUACGUUGUAACACUACCUUUGCUGUUAUUUCAUUUGGGAUUUUCUAAGGGUAGAAUUUGGUCUCACCAACAAGUGAGGAUAUAGCCUUAUCUCAUGGAGGACGAGCUCCGUUCUUACUCAGGAGCAGUCAGGGUACAUUACAUAAAACAAUAGAGGAUGCCUCAUUUUAGCAAAUUAAGUUUCUUUGUAUUCUUAAAUCCUUUUACAGAUUUGAUCAUGUGCUAACUAACAACUAAAUGUCAGUUGCAGCAACUAUUUUAAAAUAUUUUAAGAUCUGUUUAUUGGGGGGAUGGGAGAAAUAGGGGGGAAAUGUGUGUGAGUAAUUAUAAUAUUGCAAAAGUGGUAUCUAGAUUUUACAGCCUCAGUAAUCUCAAAUAUCCACAUAAGUGAAGAAUCCAUGUUUGUGGUGAGAGAAAGAACACAACCCCAAGGUAACCUAAAAUGAUUUAGGUUGCAUUUCAGUUCUAACAAUAAUUCAAUCAGAAGUCAAGCUCCUUAGCAAUUCUUUUUUAACUAAUUCAGAUACUAGUACAAGGGGGCAGGGUUGUUUUUUUAGUUUUAUUUGUUGCUUUGAACUCUUUUUUUCUUUCUUUUUUUUUUUUUUUUUUUUUUUUUUGGCAUCCUACAUACUAUCCCCUUCUUAACUUUUUCUGAUAUUUAGCUGAUUUUUAUGGUUGUUUAGCACACAGUUCAGGACCUUUCAGAUUGUGUUUUGUAUAAGCACUCCUUAAAGAACACCUAAGGUUUUUUUGAGAUGGGCUUUUAAAAUUACAGUGAUAAGGUUUGGAACGUUUAUUUUCUACAACUUUUUUGCAAGAAUAACAGGUAAAUAAAGCCCAUGAAAUUUAAUUUUGCAUUGUGACCAAAUGAAAAUUACUCUUUGUGCAAAACAAAAUCCACCCCACAUACACCCUAUAUUCGAAUCUGCUGAGAAAAGGUGGUCAGCCCCUUCUAAAUGCUUAACCAAAAACAAACAAAAAAAUCACUGGAGUUUUUGUGUAAGAUAAAAUCAAAACUUGGAGCGUUAAAUUGAGGUUGAUGAUUUCUGAUGGAUACUAACAGUUUGAGAAGUAGGUCCAGAUAUUCCCAAGGCAUAAAUUCUUGCCUGGAAACUUUGGAGCAGUUAAUUAGGUUAAGGAUAGUUUUCCCUCAGCAACCUGUGUGUUCAAAGGUUAGGCACACCAUUGCUGUUAUUAAAAUACACACAUCUUGACAUAGCCUGGGCUUGGGUUCGUCUUUUGGUUUGGUUAUUUUGUGUAGCAGUUUAAUCAGUGGAUGACUGAGCCUGUUUCCUCUUAGCUUUCUAGUCUUCUCAACAGAAAAAGCAGUUUGGGUUCAGAGCAGUGUGUGACUCUGCAGUAUUUUCUAGCCUAGCUGGAAGUUGCAAUAAAAAAUACUUAAUGAAAUGUAUGGUUUUCAUCUGCAGUUGAAGGAAGUUGUAGAAAUUUUGCUAAAAGCAAAGGACUAAGCUUAUGAAGGAACACCUCCUUUGUUCCACACUCGAUUUGUCACACACAAUUAAUUGCAGCCAUGGUACAUUUUUGCAUGAUGUUUGGGGGUAUUCGGUAGCCCAAGAUUGCUGCAAAAAGGUCCUUUGAGCAAUUAAUUUGUGCUUGUUUUUAUCCCCUCAGAAAGGCAUCAUUAAAGGCCCAUUUAAAAAUCUGGCCCUAAAAGUUCAACUUUUGUAGAGUUUACUGUUCAGAGAGGUUUUAAUCCUAUGUGGUAGUCUCUAAAGUGAUGUAUGAGUUGAGUUAUGUAAAUUUUGUCAUUGUAGUGUACAUGGAGUGAUCAUUUUACUAACAUAAAUAUUUUCUAUGUGUGUUUCAGUGGAUGACAAUCGAGCAGCAGAAGAAUGGUGUGCCUACCCUUUAAUGCUGCAGUUUAAAUAAGAGAACUUGUAUUGUGUCAUUUCAGAUUGUAGGCUGAGAGUUGUAAAUAGUGAAAAUUUGAGUACUUCUAUUAUUUGUUUUGGUUAGGAAGUGAAUUUAAAAAACAAACCAAACUCUAAACUUUCUCAGAUUAAAAGUCCUGAGACCUGAAGAUUGUAAUAUUCAUGUCUGUGAAGCUUUUAAACAUUACACUUGAGAUCAGUCAUGACUUGAUAUUCAGGUAAAUUUUCUUUUCCAAGAAGCUUUUGAAUAAGCAUAUUUCCUCCAAAGGUCGGUCGGUCUCUCUCUUUCUUUUUGAGUGUAGAUUAUUUUAAAGCACUAAUUGCAUUACACUGGUAACUGCAAUAUAAAAUAGCCAUUAUUGUUUUGUGAAGCAUGGUUGAAAUUAGAUAGUGGUCCCUUUUAAAUUUCAUGAGCCUCUCCAAAAAAAAAAAAAAAAAUUAAAAAAAUACAGAAAGCUGCUGAAUAUUUCAAAAGAUAUAUAUUUUACCUUAUUGUAGGUUUUGUAAAGUUAGUUUGUAAUAUUCAGGUGCACUUUUAAUGUUAAAUUUUGUGUUCAGAGUUCCAUUAUACCAUGUGUUUCUUGGACGUGGCUCAUCACGUGGCUGGCUGUCAUGUCAGUCGUCAGUCUUGGUGCCGCAGUGAUCCCGUAAUAUUUGAUUUCCCUCUUGAUUUGCCACUAUUCUGUAUUGGCACUUUCAGUGUAGAUAUUCUAGUUUGGGAACAUCCUCAUAAAUGUGUAAUAGAGAUUGGUCUAUUCGCAUGCUUAAUUUCUGCUAAUCAGAGUUUUGCAUGGCCCAAACAACAGCUGACCAUUUUUAUGGUAUGGGAAAGUAUAGUUCACAGCUAUCUUUGUCACAAAAGCCUUUUCUCCUUUCAUUUUCCAGUAGGUGGAUGAUGACAUUACUCCAACUAUAUGAUAUGACUCAAAAUAAUAUUAGGAGAUAAUGUAUUUAAAAUCAACUCCUACAUUUUUUUAUGAGAGAACAUAGAUGUAGAGUAGAUAAGCUAUGGCACUAUAAAAUCAAAAACACUAAUUCCGUGGAAGGAUAUCUAUUGGUAUUUUUAUCAUUAGCUUUCUCACUUUUGAAACAGUCAUCAAGCUUGACAGUAAUGUAUUGUAUUACAUUACUUUGUUUAGUAGGCUUACAGGUGACUGAACUGUGUUUGUGAUGAGCUAUACACUUUAUUCUGUUCCCCAAAUACCAUGAAGGACAAGGUCUCUCUUUCAGGAAAAAUAAUUUAUAUUUGUGUAUAAUACUUUUUAAUGUUAAGUUUGUUGUUAUUCUGAAGUUUAGGUGUUGCUUGAUAAACCUUUGCUGCAGCAGAUCAUGGAUAUGAGUAAGGCUUUGUGUGAUAAUAGGGGUCCUUAAGUGAAGUUAAUUACUGUUCAGUUCUGGUGAGCAAGCUCAACAAGUGUGAAGUGUGUAUUAGCUUUAUUUGGUACACUUUUACUUUACAAUAUUGAAGUGCUUUUAGAACUCUGGUUAUCUUAUAUAAACCAUUACCUCAACCAAUUGGCAUUUCCAUUCCCCAACAUUUUACCUGAGCUAUAUAUAAGAUGAGCUAUAUGGGAUCAGAUAGUAAAACAGUAAGGCACAAUGAGAAGUUUAGUUCCCAAUUUUCUGGAGAGAACUUUAAAUUAAACUACAAAUGACUACUUGCAAAGGCCCAUAUCAUAACUACCUUCUGUCAUUAGGCAGUACGUAGCAGCCUUGGAGCUGCUAGUGAGUGAGCUAUGUGUUCUUCCCCUGCCCCCAAGUAAGCACAUGGUGCGAGGCUUGGUUCUAAGCCUUUGUGAGUCUCUUAUAUUUCAUUGACCCAUAAUAGUGAAGCUUGGAUUCAGUUAUUUUUAUAAAACAAGUUAUUGAGGCAGCCCAAUGUCAGAACCUGAAAUUAUUUUGAGUAGUUACAGCAGAUAUGACAGCUCAGUGUCAUUUUCUUAACAGCUAUUAUCCCUGUAGAUUUAAUUUUGAAACUACAUAUUUUUGCUUUUGAAAUUAUUCUUUCUUUAACUAAAUGCCAGAGGUUGUUUUCAUGUGUACCAUCCUUUUCUGAUAUAUAUAUAUUCAGGUUGCUGUCAUUGGUGAUGGAAUAUGGCAAUAGACUGAAUUGUUCCACUUAGUCUUUUAUAGGAGACAUUAAAAGUUACAGGUUAAAUUUUGACCUUCAUGAAGGUAUCAAAGAUUGUUUUCCUUGUUACCUUUCCAUUAUAAUUAGGUCUUCAUUAAUACUACGAUCAAGCCAGUGUUAUUAAACUUAAUGGCUUUAACCAAACAGCCCAUUUGGAAACUUAAUUAAGCUAUGUAAGGAUUUUUUUUUUAAUCUAAUUGCUUUCAAGCUCUACUGAAAAGGAAAAAAGUAUAAUCGUGGUACAAGGAAUGCAGACCUCCAAAGUCUUCUUAGGUUUUUUUUGGAUACAUUCUGUCCUUGAGACUUAAGUAGGAUUUGUGAACAUGGUGACUGAAGGGAAAAUAGAGGAAAUUCUUUGCAUAUUCUCUGUCUCUUAUUCCCAAAUAAACUCGCAGUUGCCUUUUAAAGAAGCAGACCUUAUCCCUGUAGCUGUGUGCCCUAAGUGUUAGGAAGGAGAUUGGAGGAGGGAGUUGGGAAGUAGGAUGGGGAAGUAUGUAGAUCAGGAAAAGCUAAAGAUUCUGCCCUACAAUACUAAAAAUGAGUCGCAGGAUAGAUAACAUGGUAAAGUUGGGCCACCUUCAUUUGAUAGUCAGAAAAAUCUUUUAGAUUGUUUGAAAAGUGAGAAUAAAGGCAAAUUAAUGUUGGCUUGACAAACAAUAAAAUAUGAGUUAAUUCUGCAACUAUUAGGAGGGUAAUUUUAAGGUUUCCAGUUCAUUUAUAGCUAUAUCAAUAAAAGCCGAAAAGCAAGCACUUUUAGUUAAUCAUAAAUUUAUUGGAUGUAGCAAAUAUUAUAAUCAUAAUAUUUAAUCUUUAUUGUUUGAAUAUGGAAUUAAACUCUUUACCCCAUCUUGAACUGUCAUUGAACAGGCUCAAGAUGAUCUUUUCAACACUGGAAAUGACCCUACACACAUACCAAAAAAAUCUAAAGCAGUUAAGACAUAUUUGAAGAUCCAUACCUCUUAGACUUUUUAGAUUUGUCUUGGGAAAGAAUUUAUGAACCUGUAACCAGUAUUAGUGCAGUCUUGGGUUCCUUGUUCUGCAUAAUUGCACCCUUUCUCAGGUAUGUCCUGAAAACAUAAAUUUUAAAAUAAUCUCUUUAGAGAUUAGAUUCUCAGUGGAUAGUGUGUAAGGGGACUGGGGGAGGGGGGCGGGAGGGUUGGACACAGGACACUGACACAGUAGGGCAGGGAUUUUUAACAUACAAUAGCCAAAUAGAAUUUCAAUCUAGAAUAUUUUUAGCCCCUCAGAAUGAGUUGAACAACAUCUGUUAUUUGGUAAAUACCCGGUGCUACACUCCUAAAAGUCUUUUGUUUCAUCCAGGUGACUUUGUUUCCUGCUUGGUGGAAGGGUAUAUAGUAAACUUUACUGUCACUAGGAAAGCACUUGUCUGAAAUGUUUGAAGUACUAGAAAAGGGAUAAUUCAGCACUUUUUCUGUUACAACACUAAAGUCUUAAUUUAUCUUCAGAGUCUUAGGUACUGUAAGUUUUAGGGUGAUUAUUUAAAAAUAUAAAACAUACUACAUAAUAUGGGGUCAGAUCACAUUUAUAUGAAUAAUUCUUGUCUUAUUUUUUAAAAAGACAAUAACAUUUUGUACCUUUCAAGCAAUUCCAAGUGAUUGCCUCAUUUUCCCCAUUUCAUUAAGCAUUUCAGGCUAAGAAUUUGGAAUUUGAGAGGAAGUGAGGGGGAAGUUCCCCAAAAUGAAAAAUUGUGUCAGACAGUUUUAGAAAAAUAAAUCACUAGGAAAAUGGGUAGGGAUUCUCUCUCCCUUUAAGUCUUCAGGGAAUGAGCAGUAUUUAGAAUCUUUGGCUGAAAUUCAAGCCUUUUUACUGUGUAAAUUUUUAAUAUUAAUUCACUGACAUGCUUUUUACAUCAGAGGACUGAAAAUGGAUCUUAAUGUUUUUAAGUUGUGGAAGGGUAUAUUUCUAAAAUGAAGGGGGGGAUAAUUAACUAGGUUAGUAUACCAGCAUUAGUAAGUUUAAGGAAUUUUAGUAUGUAAUAGCAAAGUGUUUGAUUAAAAGUCUAAUCCUAUAUUGCUAGUCAAAAUUAUAGUUACAUUCUGAUCUAGGAAAGAUAUAGUCAUUGGAUAUUGAUAUGCUGUGCUGUCAGAAAACCAGACUAAGAUAGAAACCUUUAUCUGACUCCCACAUGUUGCUUGUUCUGAUGGGAUGUAUACUUUACAGCAGCUUGUUGCUGCUUUGAGAAGAAACGUAUAAACUAUACAUUCGGAGUGUUUGCGUAUAAUUCUUUAUAACCUCCACUUUAAACUGUCAAACAUUGGUAUUUUAUCAGUCCACACUGUUAAAUAUAGCUAAUGUUCUUAGGAAUCCAACUUGUACACACUGUUUAAAAACCCUCAGGGACAGUUUACACACUAUUCUCACUCAAUUCAGGUACUUUGAUGCUAUUCUUAAACCUAACAGUGACUUGUAUUUUUCUGUUUUGCUUUUAUUUUGACGUGCUGGUAGCACAUCCUUGAUGAAUGUCAACUUAAAAACUCAGUUCAGGUAUCCAGGUAUAACUCAGCCAAACAGAUUUUAAAGCUGCAUAUAACUCUCCAGCACACGGUGCCUCACACUCUUAUAGUGGCAUUCUGUAUAUUCAGUUAUUACUACUGAGCAGAUAAUAUGGGGGUUCCUGUUAACAGUGUAUUUAAAAAGGCAAAAUGUGCAUAAAUGUAUAGCCAGCACAUGCAACACAUACACACACAGUUAAACUAUAUAUUUUUAAAUGCCACUAAUAGCCAGCACAAUUAAACGACAUUCCUUGCUGCUUCUGUAAACUAUAACAGAUGCAGUUCUUCCUCAAUGUGGCUCUUGCUUCUUCACCAUACUACUACUAAAUUCAAGCACUGGUCCUUGGGUGUCUGACCUCUACAUUCUAGUUUAUGCAAUGUCUUUAGAGAAUUCUGUGCACUGGCCACUGUGAUGGAACCGUUGGGCCAGGAGUGCUCUGAUUUUAUUAGUAGUGAUUCUGCCAAAGUUGGUGUUGUAACAUUGAGUAUGUAAAUGUCAAAAAAUUAGCAGAGGUCUAGGACUACAUAUCAGCAGACAAUUUUGUCAGUAUAUUUUGUAGCCUAGAAGUCCUCAAUGACAAGUUUCUUCUGAUGUGAAGUUCUAAUUCCAGUGUUUUAGCCCUUUGCAUCUCUAAUGUUAAGACUUGUCUGUUAGAGGUCUUUAUUCUUUAAAACUCCUUUUGUUUUCUGCAGUAGUGUCUGUGGUUAACAAAAUAGAUUAUUCCUCUGCUUUAGUAUUUGAUAUCUUACAUCUAAAAGGAAUUCUCCAUAUAUAAAACCCAUAGCCUUUGAAGAUACGGAAAAUGGCAUCUUUCAGAUUUCUAGAAGUUCAAGUGUCAUGCAACAAAACAGGAACCCCCUUUACUCUUAUGGACCUCAUUUCAAUAUACUGUUUACAGUUUGACGGAAUUGUAUAAUUUAAUAUUUCUCUUGUACUGUAGUUUAUAUUUAUUUACAGAUUUUUUUUGUACUGUGUGAUUUGAACUUUUUGUUCCUUGCUAUGAUCAACAUUUAUGUAGUAGAGCACUUAUGAUCACAGUUUAAGUUUUUUGGUUUGAUUGCACUACAUUAAAUUUUUUAAUGCAGUUCUGAUUUUUGACUGGACUAAAAAUAAGCUGUGUCUUAAUGUAUGUGAUGAGUACUUAAAAUUUUAAUCCAUGUGGUCCCCUUUUUUUUGCAUUCUAUGUCAAACGCGCUAGUUCUUUCGUGCAUGUGUAAGAUUUAAUGGUUCCAUUGUAUUAUUUGACCAUGACAUUUUGGAGAAACAUUCCCAGCUGUAAUGUUGUGUAUGGUAGUUCUCACUGGAUGCUAGACUUUUCAAAACCACUAUUCUUCUAAUAAAUUUUGUUGUGAAAACU